AAGACAUGGCAGGUAGGAUUUUAUGAAGGACUGAAACUGAACAUCAUCAGUCCAAAUGAUCUGUAUCAAAGCUUCACUAAUAUAUAUUCAUAUAAUUAUAUAUAACACACCCGUUAUUCUCACAGAUGAUUAUUACCGUGGGACACUGUGCUGAUGCUGAUGGCACCCAACGUGAAGAAGACACCUCAAAAUCAUACAUCCAUGCACAAAAUAGAGGAUGUGAUUUGAGUGGGAAAAACAAAAUUAAAAAAAACUUGCCAACAAAUGCCAGGUAUAUCCUAGUUCUGCUCUCCCCACAAGACAAAAAGGUUUUUCGUAGUUUUAGUUUUAUGUAACAAUGGAAAUUUGUGCAGAAUUUUUCCUAACCCUAAGUGUUAGUUCAGUUCAAUUCUUUUUCUUUAAUUUUGGUUGUUGUAAAAUUGGUCUCAAGUUUUAUUCAGAGUGGCAUUAAAAAGUCCUAAAAAGUCUUACAUCUGCCUUAAAUUGUAGGAGCCCUGAUGACCCUGACUACACAGUUUCCUGCAAUGAUUAAUGCGAUGAUUUUGAACAAAAAAAUGUCUUUCAAAACAAAAUAAAUAACUCCUACCAAGUUUUUAAACACUUAUUUGAAGUGCCUCCCCUGUUUUGCAGCAUCCCCCCAUAAAUACAAAAUAUAAUACUUGCGUAUAGUCCAUAUGCUGAUUUAAUGUCCUCUCUUUCCAUCCUUAGUGCAAAACGGAUCAAUGCAUCAAAAGGAUGGUGUCAACGAUGAUGAUUUUGAGCCUUAUCUAAGCGGCCAGACAAAUCAGAGUAACAGCUACCCACCAAUGUCUGACCCCUACAUGCCCAGCUACUAUGCUCCAUCUAUUGGUUUCCCUUAUUCCCUGGGAGAGGCCGCUUGGUCCACAGCAGGAGACCCUCCUAUGCCCUACCUUACUACCUAUGGACAGAUGAGCAAUGGCGAGCCACAUUUCAUCCCUGACGGUGUGUUCAGCCAGCCAGGUGCCCUGGGAAAUACCCCUCCCUUCCUGGGCCAGCACGGCUUCAACUUCUUCCCUGGUAAUGCAGACUUUUCCACCUGGGGUACCAGUGUCUCUCAGGGUCAGUCCACGCAGAGCUCAGUCUACAGUAACAGCUAUGGGUACGCUCCCAGCUCGCUGGGUCGGGCCAUCACGGACGGACAGGCGGGCUUUGGAAGCGACACCCAGCUUAGUAAAGUCCCGGUGCUGAACAGCAUUGAGCAAGGUAUGACGGGGUUAAAACUGGGUACGGACAUGGUGGCAGCUGUCACCAAAACCGUGGGCUCACCCUUAGGAGGCACAGCAGGUAUGAGCAGUAUGGCAGCCAAUAGCCUUCCUCCGUCUGUCAGCUCGUCCGCACCGAAACCUGCCUCCUGGGCAGCCAUUGCCAAGAAGCCGGCCAAGCUGCAGCCCAAGGUCAAACCCAAAGCCAACAUGGGGAUGGGGGGAAGCGCCAUUCCCCCGCCCCCCAUAAAGCACAAUAUGAACAUUGGUACUUGGGACGAUAAGGGCUCUCUGAACAAGCCCCCGUUAGCUCAGACUAUGAUGCCCCCGCAGCCUAUGGUGCAGCAGCCUCUCCUAGCUCAGCCCCAGCCCUUACUGCAGAACCCGUUGCCCCCUCAGCCUCAACACCAACACCAGCCCCAACACCAACACCAACACCAGCCCUUCCAGCUCCACUCUCUCCAGUCCCCCCGACACCCCCCGCCCCGGCCCCCUGGCCCUCCACACCUGCACCUCUCCUCCCAACCUGGCCCCCCACAGCCCCUUCAUCAGCAGCAACCCCAGCAGGCUGGUCCACCUCCGAACCGCUGGGUGGCUCCCAGGAACCGGGGUGAGGGCUUCGGUCUGGGCGGGGGAGUCCCACUGAGUGCCUCCCCCUGCUCUGGAGAAGUUCAUCCCGUGCUGGAGAAACUGCGUGCCCUCAACAACUACAACCCCAAAGACUUUGACUGGAACUUGAAAAACGGACGUGUUUUCAUUAUCAAGAGCUAUUCUGAAGACGACAUCCACCGCUCAAUCAAGUACUCUAUCUGGUGCAGCACAGAACACGGCAACAAGCGUCUGGAUGGUGCCUACCGCUCACUGGGCAACAAGGGGCCCCUGUACCUGUUGUUCAGCGUCAACGGCAGUGGGCACUUCUGCGGCGUGGCUGAGAUGCGCUCACCGGUGGACUACAAUGCCUAUGCAGGCGUCUGGUCUCAGGACAAGUGGAAGGGCAAGUUUGAGGUGAAGUGGGCGUUCAUCAAAGAUGUGCCCAACAACCAGCUGCGACACAUUCGGCUGGAGAACAAUGACAACAAGCCAGUGACCAACUCCAGGGACACUCAGGAAGUGCCUCUGGAGAAGGCCAAACAAGUGCUAAAAAUUAUCGCCACUUACAAGCAUACCACCUCAAUCUUUGAUGACUUUGCACAUUAUGAGAAACGUCAGGAAGAGGAGGAGGCUCUGAGGAAGGAGCGCAAUAGAAAUAAACAGUAACCUUCAAGCAAGCUGUCUGCUAGAACUGCAACACUAAUGACGUAGGACCUUAAAUAAAAUUUGCCUAACCACGAGGAGGAAAGGCUCUCACAAAUCUUCCCGCUGAAGACGACAAUGUAUCUGAACACUUGAACAUGACAAUAGAUGGACUCAUCUGUAUCCGUUGACUGGUGCAUCAAACCCUGUGUUCCUGUCUCACGAGAAAAGAACGUAACCCACUUUGAAAACUGUCUUUAAAGCACUUUCAGUCCUCCUAAACAGCCUCUACCAAUACCCUUAACUCUCUAACUCUGUGUUCUUCUUCUUUGAUUUUGUUUGUGAGCAACUAACUGACUAACAAAAGUAGUCAGAAGAUUUCACCAGGCUUAUUUGUAAUUUUUUUAAUGCCUCAAAUGUUUGGGAUAUUGGUGAGCUUCAUCAGCUCCUGAAGAGAAUUAAAGAUGAUCUGUAUGAAUUAAUCUUUUACUUGAAUCUGUAUUCAGCUGUCUGAUCCUCCUCAGACAGAGGUUUGAAUGAUUGACAGGUGGGAUGAAAUAAUUGGGAAACAGCCACAAUCAUGCCAAUCAUAGGAUGUAUCCUCCCUCUACCUGUUCCCUUCCUUUCUGCAUCUGUUUCUGUGUACCAAAAGAUUACAAUUAUGCAGCAGGCUAGCGAGCACCAGCCAGUGCACAUCUUUGGUUUUUUUCUCUCUCUCUCUCUUGUGAUUCUGUCAUUCUGAAGUGCAUUUGUCUGAGGAGAAACCUGCUGCUCUGGUGAAACUAGUGGUGGCCUCCCUGGGCCCUGUGGGUGACUGUCUUUGCUCUGAUGUUGAUGUACUCUACCGUACCUCAGGCUCAAUCAGGCUGUCUGUCCUCAACAACUCUUAGCACUUUUGGGAGAAUCCCCACAUCACCCCUUCCGUUUGGCUUGACUGGGAUUCCCCCAAAAACAGCAAGACAUUAACUGCAAGGAUGUGACAGUUUUCUCCUCUAGGUAACUCACUAGCUAAAUAAAAAUUAUCCAUGUUUAGCGCAAA